UAUUGGGAUAAAGCAUUUUUCUGUUUGCUACCAUUUCCAUUUUUGAUCCCACCAUUCUUGGUCCCAAACCAGGGUGAAAAUGAUCUGGUUCCGAACACGGAUGAGCCCUGUGGGAUAGAGACCCUUGAAGGUAACAGAGAGGCAGAGCUCAUGAACCAGCUGGUGCCUGUCUUUUUUGGUAGGAACCCCGACUGGGGCAGCACCUUCAGGUCUAUUUACUCAGCUUUCAUCACCAGCCAGCAGGUGCUGGAGCUGCUCUUCCCAAGUGCCGUGCCCAUCAACCCGGGUACCUGGAUGGAGCAGUACAGCGAGGCUUUCCAUCAGCCUCCAGGCCUCAUGAUUCUCCAGCUGCUGCUGCCUUACCUUCAACUGUACAUGGGUGGCUUGAAUCUGGAGUGCCAAGCACACCACCUGCUGGCACAGCUGGAGGAUGGCAAGUCCAGUGAGGCAGAGCCUGAGUUCCAGGAGGCCCAUGCUGGGAACAAGGAGAAGCCAUUUUCCACUCAGGCCAUGCCCCUGUCUGGGAAUAGGUCCAGCAUGGGCUCAGGGGCUGAGAUCUUCGUGGGAGACAGUGUGGAUUGUCUGUUUUUGCAAAGCUCACAUCCAGUCUGUCAUGUUGGAAUCUUUUCUCCUCUAGCUACAGACUCACUUCCAAUGCCCACCCCAGGGCUAGAGUCUCAUCAAGGAGCUGCUCUUGUGGCCAGUGAAGGAGCAGCACCAUCGCCAGAGGCAGAGCUCAAGUCCAGUACCCCCAAGGUCUCUGCUCCAAGCUCCACAAUACCUCUGUACAACCAGCGAGUGGGAGACAGCUGCUCCAUUCAUGUCCAUCUAGAAAAUCAAAGGCGAAUGGAGUAUAAGAACAUCGUGGUGACCUGCCAGGAUAGGGCACCCGCGGUCAUACGGAGGGCCUUACAAGAACACUUGCUCAAUGAGGAGGAUCCAGAGGACUUUGAGCUGCUUCAGAUUGUGUCGGAGCAUAAGAUGCUGAGGAUCCCUGCUGAUGGUAAUGUGUUUUAUGCCAUCAAUCCCCGCGUGGACUUUGAUUUUGUCCUCAGGAAAAGAGUCACCAGGAAGUGGGCCAACAGAAAGACCAAGGAGGCCACUGAAAGCAAGGACUCCGGUACCAAUAGUGUCACCAACAGCAGUUCCCUACUGCCUCAUUACAACGAGCAGGCAGAAGACAGCAGCUUCGUACAGGUCCACCUGGAGGAGCAGACCAAGAGGGAUUCACAGCGCAUCCUGGUAAGCGGGCUGGCAGGGCUUCCUCCUGCAUGA